CUUCCCUUUCUAUUGUGUAUAGAAUAUUGCCAUUUCCUUCUUCUCAGUGCUAAUUACAAUGGAGAGUUCCCAAAUCCAAAGGAAACUAUGUGUUCUUCAUCUACUAUUCUUUAGUUACUACUUAGUGCAAGUUAUUGGAUUAGAAGAAGGCUAUUUGAAAUAUAUGGACCCUAAACAACCAUUGAAGGUCAGAAUAAAUGAUUUGUUAGGGAGGAUGACACUUGCAGAGAAGCUUGGCCAAAUGUCUCAAAUAGAAAGAGCUAUUGCAAAGCCUCAUGUUCUAAAGAACUUCUUCAUAGGUAGCGUUUUAAGUGGUGGAGGUAGUGUACCUUCUUCCAGGGCUUCCGUAGCAGUUUGGGUGAGCAUGGUAAAUGAAAUGCAGAAGGCUGCAUUAUCAACUCGGCUGGGAAUACCUAUACUUUAUGGUAUUGAUGCUGUGCAUGGACAUAAUACUGUAUACAAUGCUACAAUUUUUCCGCAUAAUGUUGGUCUUGGAGCAACAAGAGAUCCGGCACUCGUGAAGAGAAUUGGAGUUGCAACUGCAAUAGAAGUUCGAGCAACCGGCAUUCCUUAUAUCUUUGCUCCGUGUCUUGCGGUUUGUAGAGAUCCAAGAUGGGGACGAUGCUACGAAAGCUAUAGUGAAGAUCCAAAGCUUGUUCAAGCAAUGACAGCAAUAAUUUCUGGUUUGCAAGGAGAUAUUCCUGUAAAUUCUCCUAAAGGAGUUCCAUUUGUUGGUGGAUGGAAACAUGUCGCUGCGUGUGCGAAGCAUUAUGUUGGUGAUGGUGGAACAUAUAAAGGGAUUAAUGGAAACAACACUGUGAUUAACUUUAAUGGAUUGCUAAACGUUCACAUGCUUCCAUACUUGAGUGCAGUGAACAAAGGUGUUUCUACAGUGAUGGUGUCAUUUUCAAGCUGGAAUGGAGUGAAGAUGCAUGCUAACCAUUAUCUAAUAACUGAUUUCCUCAAGAACAAGCUGAAUUUUAAGGGAUUUGUGAUAUCAGAUUGGACAGGUAUUGACCUGAUUACCAAUCCUCCAUCAAUAAAUUACUCCUAUUCUGUCCAAACAGGAAUUCAUGCUGGCAUUGAUAUGAUAAUGCUGCCUUAUGAGUACAAGGAUUUCAUAAAGGAUUUGACAUACCAAGUGAACAACAAAAUCAUUCCAAUGAGCAGAAUAGAUGAUGCAGUGAAAAGAAUUCUUAGAGUCAAGUUCACAUUGGGUCUCUUUGAGAAACCUUUCGCUGAUCUUUCCUUUUCUUAUCAAGUUGGAAACAAGGAGCACAGGGAAUUGGCAAGAGAAGCAGUGAGGAAAUCACUUGUGCUGCUGAAAAAUGGAAAGCCUGGUGAAAUGGCAUUGUUGCCAUUGCCAAAAAAUGCUGACAGGAUUCUUGUUGCAGGAAGUCAUGCACACAAUUUGGGAUAUCAGUGUGGAGGGUGGACAAUCACAUGGCAAGGAAAAAGUGGAAAUACAUUAACAACUGGUAACACAAUUUUGGAUGCUAUAAAGUCUGCUGUCAAGCCCACAACCAAAGUUAUCUACUCUAAAAACCCCAAAACCCCCUUCAUCAACAAGAGUAAGGUCUCCUUCGCCAUCAUUGUCGUCGGAGAGUAUCCUUAUGCAGAAGUCGUCGGUGACAAUAUGAACCUUACCAUUCCAGAACCGGGUUUGAGUACCAUGAAAAAUGUUUGCAAUAAUAUCAAAUGUGUAGUUGUUAUAAUCUCUGGCCGGCCACUUGUUAUUGAGCCUUAUGUGCACAUGAUUGAUGCUCUUGUAGCUGCAUGGCUUCCGGGAACAGAAGGACAAGGUGUUACUGAUGUUCUCUUUGGUGACUAUGGUUUCUCUGCCAAGUUGUCAAGAACAUGGUUUAAGUCCGUGGAUCAGUUGCCUAUGAAUACUGGUGAUGCUCAUUAUGAGCCUCUUUUUCCUUUUGGAUUUGGGCUCACUACAGAGCCGAGCCAUAGUCAUUAGAAUAAAGUAGUAUUAAAUAAAAGUACGAGUAAAAUAUGAAUUUCAUUUGAAAUUUUAAUUUAAUGUUUAUUUAUAAACGGAUUUCUUUCUUUUUUAAUCUUA